UAACAACAACAACAACACAGUGGCAGGUCCCUCCUCAUCAUGAGAACAGCUCCAGCCUACAUUACCAUACAGGAGCUGGGAGGCCAGUGAAAGGCUCACUCUGCCACCUAUAUGCCUGGUUGCCCCCUAACAGGAUUAAGGGGAUAUGCUACUCUAAUCUGCUGGCAGGCUUUAGGAGGAGACGCUUCCACACACUCCGCAGACUCUGUGGUCAACACGGAGAAGGAGAGAGGGAUGUUUGGUUGUUACUGCAGGGGAGCACACGCACACACACAUACGCAUGUACCCACACAGUGUUUAUGGAUGUGAAGCAGAGGUAAACAGAUGUGAGGACUGAAUGGCCCCUUGUGUAGCAGACAUGACAGCAGAGGAAACCUAUGGCCCAUCGGUGCUGAGUCCUGUGGGAGGGGUCAAGUUAAUCAUGCCAGAGGAGGAACUCCACAGCUGCAACCUGGAAGUGGCAGAGUAUCACACAGAUGUUCCCACUGAGGAAUGUGCAGCAUUGACCGACAGCAGUGUGUGUGCUGAGGAGCCGUUCUGCAGGAUCUGCCAUGAAGACGGGGCUUCCGGGGAGCUGCUGUCCCCCUGCGACUGCUCCGGCAGCGUGGCCAUGGUGCACCGCGCCUGCCUGGAGCAAUGGCUCACCACCUCCAACAGCGGCCACUGUGAACUCUGUCACCACCAGUUUGCACUAAAGCGAAUGCCAAAACCGCUCACCGAGUGGUUGUGUGCUCCGUCCGUGCAGCAGCAGAGGAGGACGCUGUGCGGUGACACGGUGUGCUUCUUGUUCAUCACACCACUGGCCAGCCUGUCAGGGUGGCUGUGUGUCCAAGGAGCGAAGGACCUCUACUACACCAACGGCAUGGAGGCCCUGGGGCUGAUGGUCCUCACACUGGCUCUGUUUACUAUCUAUGUCUUCUGGACUGUGGUAUCCGUGCGCUACCACAUGCAUCUCUUUGCGACGUGGAAGAAGACGGACCAGAGAGUGCGACUGCAGAUUCCCUCGUCCGGCCACAGAACAAACAACCAUCAGACUCUGUCCAUCAGCAGCCUGAGCAAAGCCACCAACAAAGAGACAAUGGUGUAGGGCUGCGUUCUUCUACAAUCAACACACCUCCCAUGUAAGGAAAGUGAGUCACAAGGCCCCAGAACACAGACGGGUGACUGUUAAACCACAAAACCUUGUAUGGAAACUUAGACUUUGAAACAACAUAUGUGUAAAUAUUGAGUCAUUCUUCACACGUAAGAUAUUUUUAUAAUUCCUCUUUUACAGUAUGAAAAAUGUACAUUGAAAUGUAGUUUGUUGUAAUGAUUUGUAAAUACACUUGUUAAUGGAUAUUUUAAUUGUUCAGUUUAUAACUGAUGAGGCUUUAUCACUAUCUCUGCGACUCUUGUCGACACCAAUGAACUAUGAGAGAGUUGUCUCCUACCGUCCCGUUUAAAGUCUCUUGAAGCCUCACUUUUCUGUUCCUGCCUGACAGCAGUGGAAGCAGAGAUGUUCCAUCCAUCUCAAUGUUUGACAUGUUUUUACCCGAGUGU